CAAAGCUAAUUUAGGGACAGCAGAAGAGAAGCCAAAAUGGCAAGAUUGCAUAUCAUCUGCAAACAUGUUAUUACCAUUGCCGGUUGGAGCAAUCUACGUCAAAGCCUUGUUCUCUGAGGAAAACAAAGAUACCGUAGUUGAAAUGACAGAAGAUGUUAUUGAUGCGUUUAAAGACGAUUUAUACAAAAUUACAUGGAUGGAUGAAAGUACCAAAAAGUUCGCUUUGAAUAAAGUGGAUCAAGUUGCCAAACUGAUUGGUUACCCUGAAUACAUUGUUGACGAAGACAAUUCUCGAUUAGACGACGAAUACAAGGAUCUGUUUGUAUCAGAGAAAAAAUAUUUUGAAUCAGAGCAAAAUUUGUAUAAUUUUGAUUUGGAUCAAUCUUUGGCGAAAUUAAAUCAACCUGUAGAUAGACAAAAAUGGGGAAUGGGUCCAGGCCAAGUGAAUGCUUUUUACAAUACAAAUUUCAACCGAAUGACUUUUCCUGCAGCCAUUUUACAAGUCCCGUUUUUUGAUCCAGGACAGCCAUUCGCAAUGAAUUUCGCAGGUGUUGGUGAUGCAAUGGGACAUGAGUUAACUCAUGGAUUUGAUACAGCUGGUUCAAGAUACAACGCAUUGGGUAAUCUUGAAAUUUGGUGGACAAAUUCUUCUAGAAAAAACUUUGAACAAAGAGCAUCCUGUUUCAGGAAGCAAUACGGAAAAUUUUACUAUGAACCAGCCGAAAUGUUUGUUAAUGGUAACCUCACGAUUGGCGAGAACAUCGCAGAUAAUGGAGGAAUAAGAUUAGCAUAUCAAGGUUAUCAAUUAUGGAAGAUCAAAAAUCCAGGUAGAGAAUUUCAGCUGCCAGGACUGGAAGGUUACACUCACGAACAGUUGUUUUUUAUUGCUAACGCUCAGUUGUGGUGCGGGUCAGACAGGCCAGAAUUUGCUAAGAGAAGAUUAGCUGUUUUCCCUCAUAGCCCUGGUAUAUUCAGAGCGGAAGGUUCAUUGAAAAACUUCGAAAAAUUUGGACAAGCAUUUGGAUGCAGAAAAGGAAAGGAUAAAAUGUAUCCAAAACAAGAAGAUACCUGUCGUGUUUGGUGAUGAAAUAUUGUUGGAAAAAUUGCUGUUAUUAAAAAGUUCAAUUUCUGAAAUUGUGUUAAAUUAUGAGCUUAGUUUUGCUUUUUUUUUUUAAAUGAAACAAAAACUUGUUUUGAACUAAAUCAACCCCACGCCAUGGCAGAAUACAACUUCCAAUAGGCACAAGUGAAUGAUUGCAUAUUCCUUAUUUAUGGAUAUGGUAUUCUCUUCAGAGCAAUUUUUGAAAAAUUUCACUUCUGGGAAAUUUUAAUCAUUAAGCUGUUUCCUAAUGGAAUAUUAUAUCUCACAAUGAAAACAUUGAAUAUGCCUUGUUUUGUUUCACUAGUUCCCGCCAAACAGUUGUUUGUGCGAA